AUGGCGACGGCGAAAACUGUGAAGGAUGUUUCUCCUCAUGAAUUCGUUAAGGGUUACGCCGCUCAUCUCAAACGAUCUGGCAAGAUGGAGCUUCCUGAAUGGACUGAUAUAGUUAAGACUACGACCUUCAAGGAACUUGCACCCUAUGAUCCAGAUUGGAAUUACAUCAGAGCUGCUUCAAUUGCUAGGAAAAUAUACUUGAGAGGUGGUCUUGGUGUUGGAGCAUUACAGAGGAUCUAUGGCGAACGUAAGAGAAAUGGAAGCGCUCCACCACAUUUCUGCAAAAGCAGUGGCGGAAUUGCUCGCCACAUUCUUCAUCAAUUGGAAACCAUGAAAAUCAUUGAUUUGGAUCCCAAGGGAGGGAGAAGGAUCACGUCUAAUGGCAGACGAGACCUUGACCAAGUUGCUGGGCGGAUUGUGGUUGUUGCUCCUUGA